UUAUUUAUUUUUGUCAUAAUUCUCUUUCUUAUUUAAAAUAUGAGAAGCAAAACAGAAUCCUCUCUUUUGAUCUUGGUGUUUAAUUUGUUUUCAUUCAUUCAUCUUCAAAUCACUAAGAUCAUCUUUUUUGAGAAAUCUUAGAUCUUCUUUUAUCAAUGUUUUCAAAACUCAUCAACAAAGCUAGUGUAUAUACAUAUAUAUAAGAGUAGAAGAACAAGUACUUUAGAGAGAGAGAGAGAGAGAGAGAUCAAGGUGGAUCAAAGGAAAGGGAAGAAGUAUCUCCCUUCUGAUCAUGAAUCAGAGGAGAAAAGAGAAGCUUUCAAAUUUUCUGAAUACCAAACACAAAUAUCUAAUAAAAAUCAAAAGAAAAAGGCUUCAUCAUCACACUUCUCUAUGAAAAGUAUAAUAAGCACUUCUGAAUUUAUGGAGAGGAAAAAUCAAUCUCAACCUACACAACAAGGUAAUGAAAAGAAAAAACAUUACAGAGGUGUACGGCAAAGACCAUGGGGGAAAUGGGCAGCUGAAAUAAGAGACCCUAAAAAGGCAGCACGAGUGUGGCUUGGCACCUUUGAUACAGCAGAAGCAGCAGCGUCUGCUUAUGAUGCUGCUGCUUACAAAUUCAAAGGAAACAAAGCCAAACUCAAUUUCCCUCAACUCAUCAUUAAUAAUGUUGAUGCUAAUUCGGAUCUAUCACCGUGUAAAAAUAUUAAUGUUUCAUCUUCUUCAUCAUCUUCUUCUUCGCAAUAUGUUCCAUCGAAGAAUCUACUUUUUCCGUCGUCUUUGGAGGAAGGGUUCCCAAACCUAAUGCAAUAUGUGCAAGUGCUUUGUAGUAAGGAUGAUGAAGAUCUUCGACGUGCUACUUCAUGUCUUUACAAUAAUAAUAACAAUAACAACAAUAAUAAUAAUAAUAACAACAACAACGAGCAAUUUCGUUAUUAUUAUAAUUUGCCGCCAUUGUUUUCUACAUCAUCGAGAUUUCCAUCCUCUACUUCUAAGGAUGUUGUUGUGCCUAGGGUUGGAGAUUGUGGUUCUUCUGAAAGACGAAAUGGUUUUCAUGAAAGGAACCCAAGAGGGUCAUAAUUUCUAUGACCUAAAUUUUCUAUUAUGAUCGAUAGGUCUUAGUUAUUAAAGACACUAGACGACUCAUUAUAAUUUUAAAUUUAAAUAUGAAUCAUCUGAUUUUUAAUCAUUGAUCUUCGAAGCAACAAAUGUUUUUAUAUUAUAUAUGACAAGUCCAUGCAUUUGGAAGAUGGUUUUUUGUUGUCAA